CGGUUUGAGUGGCGCAGGGACUCGGCUGCAGCGAUGCCGGAGAAUGUGAAUGUGAAGCCCGAGGCGGCCGAAGGCCUGGGUCGGCUCCGCUCCUACCACAGCCGGGAGCGCUCGGUUGUCACCUUCUGUAACUGCACAGGCCGCAGUGUCCGGCCCGUCUGGAUCAACUACCGUGGAGAACCCGUCCCGUACGCCAAGAUGGCGGCACAGAGCGGCCGCAGGAUGAACACCUUCUUGGGUCACCCCUGGAUGUUCCGUGAUGCAGUUUCUGAUGACCGGCUUCUUGUCAAUGGGCACGAAGUCUUUGUACCACCCCCUGGGCAGGUUAAUGAAGUUGGACAACCUCGCUACAUCAUGGUUAACAUCACCAUACCAGUUUACACAUUAAAGGAGAGGUGUCUGCAAGUGGUGCGGAGUCUUGUGAAGCGGGAGGAUUACAGAAACCUGGAGAUUGUUGGAUCGCUUUACGAUGACCUGGAGGAUCAGCCACAGGUUCUGAAAGAUCUUCAGCGGCUUCAGCGACAGCUGGCUGAAACAGAGGAGACCCUAGAAGCCGAUUAACCUUGGGUUCCUUCGAGCUACCUCUGUUUUCUGUUGCCUCUCCCCGUUUCUCCCCCCUCCUCUCACCAAAUCGAGACUUGUAUAUUAUAUAAAGCCAAGCUGCAAGUGCCCUGGUCAAAAUACAGGAGUAGAAUGGACCACAUCAGUCAUUUAAAAUGUGGCGAAUGAACAGAGACUGCCCAGUGCGAUUGCGGCGUAGAGCUGUGAAAAAGACUUCCUUCUGGUCAUCUAAAUACUUAGACAUUUAUUGUGCUGUAAAUUUUAAAUUUUUCUUCAUCUUUCUCUUGGACCAAACAAUUUGUUUUUUCAAAUCACUGAAGUACUAUAAUGAUCCCCUCCUUGUAUCCCAAGGUAGUUCUGCAGGUGAAUACAGCACUUGGUAUGUUACUGGCCUGUAUGGGCAACAAGGUGCCAGACUCCAGGUGGUUGGUUUGCUAAUCUCAACAUUGGAUAAUAGUCGGAGCGCUGCAGUUAACCCUAGUUACCAGUGAACUACAGAAAGAGGAGAUGCAGAGUCAGUUGGCGAUCCUGGGUUGACUAGUGCGGGGGGCAAGUGGCCUAAGACUCAAGCAGUGGUCCCUGAAAGCCAACUUGCAGUUUAUUCCAUAAAGAGGACAAAACUGGUGCAGGUGCACUGGGCAAUGAGAAAAAUUGUUAGAUUGUGGUACUCGCUACCAAGUGGGAGUAGUUCAGGUGAAUAGCAUAGAUGAAAUUAAGGGGAAGCGAGAUAAGUACAUGCUGGAUGUGCUGAGAGGGUUAGCUACAUCAGUAGCAGAGUUAGGUCCUUCUGGUGGUUCAUCCAGCUAUGGGGGAAUAUUUAAUGCCAUUUGGUUUUGUAGUUUUCUGGGCUUCACUGUCAUUCGACAUGAAGGAGAUUAUAUUGGCUGAGCAGUCUGGUGAAUUCCCUAUUGGACUUAUUGGUGAUGAUCUUUUGUUUAUAACUCUAGUUCUGGUCUCCUUUAGAAUUACUCCAAGUGCGGUCUAACUAUGUUCUAUACAGGUUUGAUAUACCUUUCCUACUUUUCAAUUCGAUCCCUCUGGAAGUGAACCCCAGUGCUAUAUUUAAAUGGCUAUUAACCUGCAUCAUUACUUUUAGCGAUUUGUGAUUCUGUACUUCCAGAUUGCUCUGUUCCUUUACUCCAUUUAGACACUUACUUUCCAAUGAAUACGUUUAUUUCUUUAUUUUUCCAUCAAAACGUACCACUUCACACUUAUCUAUAUUGAAGUUAAUUUGCCAGUUACACACCUAUUUUGAAGGUUAUUAAUGUCUCCCUAUAUUUUGUUAGACUUUCUCUCUUCAGAUCCAACACACCCGCCCCCACCACACACACACACACACACACACACACACACAAACACAGACACACACAAUUUGGUAUUGUCUGCCAAUUUUUAAAUUGUACUUCUGAUUCAAGUCCAAGUCAUUUCUGUAAAUUGUGAAAAAUGUGGUGCAGCACCACUUCCCACCUUUUGCCUUGUUGUGGCUUAUGAGGUUUAUUUUCCAUUGCCCCACCAGUACUUUUGCAAUAAGUGGCUGUUCUUCAUAUGUUAGCCCAGACAGUGUUAGCAAGAUAUUCAACCAUGGAUGCCAUCACUGAUCUGUGGCGCUCAGGUCAGUACUAACACCCCUGCUGAGAUGAUCAAUUAUUAAGUCUAACUAAAGUGGAACCACCGUCUUCAUAACGCAAGCCUUGCCAUGAAUUUCCAGCAGAAUUUUUGGUACCAUCUCAUUAUAUCUAUUUUAGAUGACUGCACCUGUCACAUCUGAAGGCUGAACCCUUGUAUAUAUUUUGUAUGUAAUAUCUGAACAAUUAUUAAAUGUGUGUUAUACACA